CCUUGAGAGAGUUCUUAGUUGUGAUAGCUUAGGUCUGUGUGCGUGAUUUCGUCUGGUGUGAUUGGUAUGGGCUUUUGCGGAGCGUAAGAUAGCAAAAUAACAAUAGUUUUAUCUGUGAGUCACACUAUAUACAAAGAUAUAUCACGAAAUUAGCCUAUAAUGGCAAAGGUGCAUGGAGACCGAAGCUAACCGAAGCUCUGUGACUAAGCAUGGCCCAGUGACACAACUCCUGAUAGUGCCACGAAAGCGUGUGAGGGAAUCUUAGCGAGGGCUUUGUGUCUGCUGUCGCUCUUACGGAAGGUUUCAUUAGCAAUAAAAUGUUAACUGUGCAUAUAUGUGUGAUGUGACGGCAGGGUGAUGUGGAAAUGGCUUGUAGUCCCGUGGUCGACACGAGGAAAUCAGUAGAGGUGAAAAUAGCUCGCGUUCCAAUUUGGACAUUCCUUCAGCGCCUCCGUCCAAGAUGAAUGUUUACGCUUUUUUGUGGAUUACUUUGACAAGUCUACUACAGUGUUCAACCCACGCCGCUAUAAAACCGCCCACGCUCCUACGCAUUGGCUCACACGAAUGGGAUUUGACGGAUGAUGAACCUGCAAACAGCAUCGUUCAUCGUCUCAAAACGGAUAGUGAUGACGAUGAUGAUGACGUCACCUUCUCCUUGCAUAGUGCGGAUGGCAUCCACACCUUUUUCAGAGUGGAUGAGGAUGGGCGUGUCUCUACCACGAAGCCGUUGACAGGGGCGCUGGGCGACCACAUCCUGGAGGUCCACGUCCACAACGGCCACAGCAACUCCAAGACAGAGAUCCGCGUCAGGGUCAGGAAAAGGGGAGAGGCCUCGAGGAAGGCGCCCACAGUCACCAGGCCGCCCUUUUUCCCCAGCGACCUGCCCUUUGUCAACGCGGGAGUGAAUAUAUCCGGCGUGCGACCUCAGUACUUCCCUGCGAACACCGGCGGGGGGCCCAGGCUGCCGCCGUCCGCCUUUGGGCCGCCCGAGAAGCGCCCUCCCUUCUUCACCGUAAACCGCAACUGGAAUGCCAAGUCGGACGCGGGAAUAGGAAGCGUCGUGGGGAAUAUCCACGUGUUUGAUAUAUCGGGACUACCCUUCAACGUCACCCUCGAAGGCGAUGCGAAGGACCUGCUCCACGUGGAUUCUAAAGGAGGAGACGUCACGGUAGCUCGACCCCUGACGCAAAUGAUCGGCAGUCAUCUCCUCGACGUCGUCGCCUCUAGCGGAGACCAAAGUGCCAUAGAGUCAGUGGUAUUCAACAUCGAGAAAGGCACGGCGGUGGCAGCUACUCCCACCCCCACCCCCGCCCCCACCCAACCCCCAACAUCCUUCAGCAACCCCAAAGACACGACCAAAAGCUACCAGGACCUGAGGGUCAUCGGGAACAGUGCCGGAAACUCAGCACCUUCUUCGCCGUCGUCGUCGUCGCCCUCCGACUCCUCAACGACCGCGUCCCCGAAGGAGGCAUCCAGCGAAGGGAGCCUCAACCUGAUGGUGAUCCCGAUUGUGCUGGUGGUCGGGGUGUCUCCGCUCCUGCUGGCGGCCUUUUGGUACUGGCGGAGGCUCAGGAGGAGGAAGGCCAGGGCGGAGUCCAAGGAAAGCGCAGUGGUAUACACAGAGAAAGGCAUCGAAGCAGGAGCCACAGAAAACGCAGAGGGAACUAACGAAGAGAGAGAAAGAGCAGGAAAUAGGUUUAGUAUCGGAGUUACUGCUCUCUGGCGAAGAAGGGCAGAGAGUAAUAAAUACGAAGAUGGUGUGAAAGGAGAGCAGAAAGGGAAGAGGAAAGUGAGCCAAUUGUCACCCGACGCCGACAUCUGGGAGUUUCCACGACACCGACUGAAGGUCAUGGAUAUUCUGGGGGAAGGAUGCUUUGGUCAGGUGUGGAAGUGCGAAGCGGUCGACCUUCAAGGCAAAGGCACGAUGCUAGUGGCCGUGAAGACCCUGAAGGAGUCGGCAGGAGACAGGGAACGCCAGGACCUCGUGCAGGAGCUGAAGGUGCUGAAGAGUAUGGGAAGUCAUCUGAACGUCGUCUCGCUCCUGGGAUGCUGCACUGAGAAAGAUCCGAUUUUCGUGAUCCUCGAGUACAUGAUCGGAGGGAAACUUCAGAGUUACCUGAGGGCCUCGAGAGCCGACACGCCCUACGACAACCUCCACGGCUCCUCCUCGUCCUUGACCCCGCGUGACCUCAUCCACUUCGCCUACCAAAUUAGCAGGGGCAUGGAGUUCCUCGCCAGAAACGGGGUCAUCCACAGAGACUUAGCAGCUCGCAACAUCUUAGUGGGAGAAGACAAGAUUUGCAAAGUGGCCGAUUUUGGAUUCGCGAGGGACGUUGCCAAUAACCGGGUUUACGAGAGGAAGAGUGAUGGACGGCUGCCUAUCAGAUGGAUGGCUCCUGAAUCGCUGUUCGAUAACAUCUUCACUACAAGGUCGGAUGUCUGGAGUUUCGGUGUCUUGCUGUGGGAGAUUGUCACUCUUGGCUCCACACCCUACCCUGGCAUGGGAGCUGCUGAGGUCAUGAGAAAGGUCAAGUCAGGUUACCGCCUGGAGAAACCCGAACAUUGUCGUAGAGAGAUCUACAACAUCAUGUACUACUGCUGGGACAAGGACUCCAAAGAACGUCCUUCCUUCACCGAGCUCGUGCACACACUAGAGGGUCUCCUUCUGUCAGAGGUCGAGUACAUUGAGCUCGACCGCUUCCCCGACCACUCGUACUAUAACUUGUCCUCCGAGAACACGAGCGAACUUCUUUAAAGGCCUAGUUCUCUGGGGGGGAGGGGCGGGGGUUAAACGAAAGGAAAACUACGACUAAAUUAGAGAGAAAGAAAAACGAUAGUUAGAGAGGUGUUGUCAUUAUGAGCAUGUGGAUGUGAAAAAAUAAAAUGAAGAAAAAAAACAAAACAAAAAAAAAACGAGGAGGUGUUUUCGGGUUUGAGGAUGUGGUUGUUAUGAAAAAAACAACAACAAAAAAACGGAGAGCUAUUGUUCUCAUGAGGAUGAGGUUGUUAUAAAAAAAACGGAGAGCUAUUUUCAUUAUGAAAAUGUGGUUGUUACGAUGUAGUUUAUGUUGUAGAUAUGUGGUUGUUUUUAAUGUGGAUUCUGUGGUUCUGGAUACGGGAAUAUUUUCUCUGCCAGUUUUGUUAUUUAUUAUAGCAAAUACUCUUUUCUCCUGCCAUAUUCAGGAAGUGAUCUUGGCUGACAACGUUUAAAAAAAGGGACCAUAAACAUCACCUUCUUUGCUGUAGUAAGAUAAUUACCUGCUUAUUUUUUGUGGUGUUUUUCUCGACUAAAGAUCUUGCAGGUUGCCUUUUCACUGCAUAUGAACUGUUAUAUUAUUCUGCAUUGAACCAUAUUUGAAUAUGUGUGAUGCAUAGAUGUUAUAGGAUAUUUGCUAUGAAUCUUUGAACUACUGUUUAAGAAUUCAGUUUGGUAUUUUCCCCACCAGAGACAUUUAUAUAGUUUCAUAAUAAUAAUAGAAAUGUGCUUUCCUCUAUAUUGUAUGCUUGUAAUGGUAACAAAAUAUUUCCUUUGCUGAUAUAUUUGUUAGGGUAAAUAUUUUUUUUCACACAAUGGAAAAAAGUGAUGCUAAUGUUUCGUUUUGACAAUACAUUAGAUAGAAAAAUGUUGAUAGACAUGUCACAUAUAACACACCUACAGAAUGAACAUCGCUAGUCUCUUGUCACAAAUAUUUUCACGAUGCAUGAAUGAGAAACUCUUGUUCUCAUGAAUGUUCGUGUGAGGCCACGAACGGGUUACUCUCUUCUCCAUGAAAAGCUGUCUGAAAAUGGCAUGUGGUAUUUGUAUUGCUUCACUCCAGUGUUUCUUCUGAAAGUUCAAUCGCGUGCGCGCACGCCCGCACACACACACACACACACACACACACACACACACACACACACACACACACACACACACACACACACACACACACACACACACACAAACACACACACACACACACACACACACACACACACACACACACACUCACUCACACUCACACUCACACUCAUUCACUCACUCACUCACACACACACACACACACACACACACACACACACACACACACACACACACACACACACACACACACACACACACACACACACACGCACAUAUAUAUACCAUCAGUAAACUGUAACAUCUCUUGACUACAGAGUGAAUAUAAAGUUUCCUUUACUAAAUAUGGUGCUCAGGUCAUCAGGAUAAGUUGAGUGCAAUGUCUUCAUUGUGACAAAGUAUAUAACAUAGCAGUUUAUAGAAAAUUUUAUUUAUGAAAAUGGAUUAACUCUAUUUUUUACUAAGCUUGUGUGUAUAUAGUUCCCAUUAAUAUUAUGAACAGUCAGAGUAAGCCAAAAUAACCACAGUAUAUUGAAAGCUUGGUAAGGUAAGGAUGCUAUUGCUGUUAUUGUUUUUUUAUUAUUAUUAUUAUGGAUGUUAUUAAGAUGUUAUCAUCAUUAUUAUUAUUGUAAAUGUUGAUGGUAAUAAUGAUGAUUCUGUAGUGGUAUUUUUAGAUACAACUAUUGUUCUAUUAUAAUGAUAAUUUUUAGUCAUUAUUAUUAUUGUUAUUAUUAUUAUUAAUAUUAGCAUUAUUACUACUCCAAAGGUGUUGAUGAUAGCAAUAGUUAAAUGAAACUGUUGUAGUACUAGUGUUGUUACUAGAAGUAGAUAUAACAAAUUUACACAGAAAAUAUAUUGAUUAAUCCAUCUAAGAUCUAUUACUUUGCAUUAAAAGUUACUGUGCAAAGCAAAUAUAAAGUAGUAGAUUAAAAGUAGUAAAUAAUGAACAGCAUAAUGUAAAAGAAAUUUGUAAAUCCUACUUUUGAUACGUUUUACUAUAAUAGUGGAUGUGGUGCUAGUCUUUUGUGUCACAAAUGUUGAAAGGUAAUACUAUGAAGCCAAUAAUACACAACACCAAAAUUGAUCAUAUAUACUGACAGUGUGAUAUUUUGUAUGUUUAUUCCUCUCUUUAGGUAGUUAGGAUAUUUUCCUAUCAAUGUGAUUCUUUCUAUAUAAUAUUUUCUUUAUGAUUCUAUAUGAUUUCAAAUUGUUUAUCUGAAAAAGACCAACGUUUCCUCACACUGUAUAGUUACACACUGUACAUUUCCCUUAGCUAGUAAAUAAAACUAAAACCCAACAAAAAUACAACGUUUCGGUAAAAAAAAUAGACUCAUCUUCAGGUAUAAGCAACCAGAUAGUACACAUGUUAGAUAACCAUCAAAUACAGAAAGGUAACACGUAAUUUCUUUAAGAGGAUGAUCUCCUUUGAUUUCCAUGCUAUUUUGAGAUAUUAUUAUCUCUUACUGUAUCUCCCCUAUGUCGUCUUAUUUUUUUUUCCUCCUCUCUUUAUACGUUACUGUGUUUGUAUUUCCAAGGUAGGGUUGAUCCUUACUGCCUCAGAAAAUCAAAGGGUCAUCUUACUAUGUGUUGUGUUUACUUCUUUACACCAUGUUAAAGUCAGGACAAUAAGAGAAGCUGCACUCUGUGUGUUCGCCUCUUGUGUAUAUUUAUUUAUCAUUGUUAUAUAAGUUUUGUGUCCUCAGUACGUCUUCUUUUAUUUUGUAAUCAAUAAAGUUGUUGGAACGGA